AUGUUGAACUUGGCGUUUGGGCUAGCCCCGCGGUUGAGCACUGAGGCAGCAGGAACGUUGAAAGCAGGAGGGGAGCAGGCGGAGGAGAGUGCUGCUGCUCGUCCCUCCGCUACUUGUAUCGCCGCUGCUCCCGGUGCUUCCCCCACUCGUGCUCCCUCCGCUGCUCCCAGUGCUGUUCCCACUCGCGCUCCCUCCGCUGCUCCCAGUGCUGUUCCCGCUAGCGCUCCCUCCGCUGCUCCCAUUGCUGUUCCCGCUCGCGCUGCCUCCGCUGCCCGUCCCUCCGCUGCUCCCAGUGCUUCCCCCGCUCGCGCUCCCUCCGCCGCUCCCAGUGCUGCUCCCACUCUCGCUCCCGCUGGAGGUGAUGGUGGUGACGGCGCCGCCAGUGCUUAUAACGGAGCCAUCAGGGCCGUACGUGGUGCUGUUAAUCACGCUGGUGCUCGUGGUGGUGCUGGUGGUGGUGGUCGUCGUUACAGUCACGAUACCGCCGCCCCCGUCCUGCAGCACGCGGCGCUUGCCGGCGGGUGUGGCGCAGAGGGAAAGUGA